AUGGCUAGCAGAGGGGUCCUCCCCCAAAUCCUCACGGGUCGGCUCAACCCGCGCGCCCCAUCCUUGCUCGCUCGCGCCAGCCCUUUCCGCUCCCAAUCUGCCUUGCCCCCAAGUUCGCUAUACUACCAGAGACACACUCCCCUAUUGCGGCGCAGAUACGCCACGGCACGCGACAACAACGGCGCGGCCGUUCAGGCGAAGGACACCAAGGAGAAUGUGGAGCACGAAGACGCCGCAAACGCCGCCGCGGAUGCGGCAUCCAAGGACACAAAGUCCAAGCAGGCCGUUUUAGACGAGGCUUCGAGCUCUUCUGCGUCCUCCAGCACCACAACUCUCAACGAGACGAAUGAUUGGGAGACGAAUGUGAACUUGAACAUCGACUCGUUCAAGCAACUACCCCACGCGAAUUUCGGUGUCAACCAGUUCAUUCCCUUCGAUCCCGAGUUCAGGGAGGUCCUUAAGCAGAUACCUUGGGAGUUCCGGGCCCCAAUCCGCUACGCGUUCGCCUACGGCUCUGGCGUCUUCCCGCAAUCCAAGUCUAGCGGCAAAGUGAUUACGGACGGAGAGCUGCGCAAGAUUCACCCCAAGGCGCCCGAAGGCGUCAAGAGAGCCCAGGAUGGAACGCCCAAGAUGAUCGACUUUAUUUUUGGCGUCACCCAUACGCAACAUUGGCAUUCCCUCAACAUGAAGCAGCACCGAGAGCACUACUCGGCAUUGGCGAGCCUGGGCUCGGGUGCGGUCUCCUACGUUCAGGACAAGAUGGGCGCUGGAGUAUACUUUAACCCCUACGUCGUUGUCAAUGGCAUUUUGAUCAAGUAUGGCGUUGUACAACUGGAUACGCUAGAGCGGGAUCUCACCCAGUGGGAUACCCUUUAUCUUGCUGGACGACUGCACAAGCCUGUCAAGAUUCUGCGCGACGAUCCCAAGAUUCGCUUGGCAAACCAGAUCAACCUUCUGUCCGCUCUUCGGACAGCCCUGCUGUUGCUGCCACCCAAGUUCACCGAAGACGAGCUCUUUGCUACUAUUGCUGGUAUCAGCUACCUCGGCGACCCUCGCAUGUCUCUUCCCACUGAGAACCCAAGCAAGGUGAAGAACAUUGUCGGCAACAACAUGACCAACUUCCGCCGCCUGUAUCUUCCCCUGAUUGAGACACUACCAAACUUGGAGUAUAAUGAUGCCGGCGCCACCGAGAGGGAUUGGAUCUGGAAUGACAAGAGCCUCAAUCUCGUGCAGGACAUGGACCCUGUCAAGCGCGGAAACAUGGUUCGCCGGUUGCCCAAGGCUUUCCGAUCGAAGCUCUACUUCGAGUACCAGAAGAAGUUUGCGAUCCCCCAGCUCGACUUUAACAAGAUGAUGGAGGAAAGUCAAAACGAGGACGCCAUUUCGUUCAAGCGUCGCCAGGGUGGAGGCUUCGAGCAGCGCAUUGCCAGCGACGACCCUGCGGAGCUUCGCAAACAGGUCCGGAGCGUCAUCAAGAAGACCAUCAACUGGCCAGCCACCACACAGUCUCUCAAGGGCCCUCUUACCAGCGGUUUCAAGCGCACGAUACGUUACCUCUCGGAAAAGAUGGAUAAGUACCGUCAAGGACGUGACGCCGAAAAGGCCAAGACCGCGACUGCUGAGGAUAAGCCCAGCGAAAGGUCGGGGGUCGACAGCAAGGCAGAGAAGAAGUAG